UGAUAGAUCUCUAUAGGGAGAUUGACUCAUUUUAAGAUUUUUUUAAGAAAAAAUAUUAUUUCAUUUCAACCACGGCUGUUUAUAGACAAUUACGCAAGUAAUAAGUAGUUGUUUAACAUACAAACUUCCACAAGAGACAAGUGCAGUUAUCUGCUAGCUGUCUGUGACAGCUCAUCAGUUGUGUUGUGUGUUUUUCUCACCUCUAAUACGCAGAUCCGGCUUUCUGAUGAGAGGAAGUUUUAGAGGGGCUAUUCUUUUCGUUGUCCUCCUCAUUUUUUCAACUUUUCCUGUUUCUCACAUGGCUUUAUUUCCUUCUAUUAAAGCACACUGAGACAGGAACUGCCACCCCUGCCUGCCUCCCACAUGUUUUUUCGGACUCUCUCACUUUUAGACCCACACACUUUCUCACGCAUGUUCGCAGUUCAUUUAUCACGGUUCAGUAUUUGACAGCGAACGUGCUUCUGUCCUUGCCAGUGGACGGUCUGUUUCAGUGUGGAUGCUCUGAGGACAGCAGAUCUCAUCCAAUAUUGAUCCUCCGUGGACUGCCGUCAGCACAGCGGUACCAGGAUGGAAGCAGUGGCUCUUUACAACUUCUGCGCCACGGAAAGUGACGAGCUGAGCUUUCAGAAGGGAGAUGUACUGAAGAUCACUAAUAUGGAAGAUGAUCCUAACUGGUACACAGCAGAGCUGGCGAACAGAAAGGGCUACGUUCCCAAAAACUAUAUCAGCCUAAAACCACACACAUGGUUUGCGAGCCGUAUCUCCAGACAUGUGGCUGAGAAUCGACUGCGUCAGCGCGAGUGUGGCAGCUUCUUGCUGCGAGAAAGUGAGAGCGCGCCAGGAGAAUUCUCCCUGUCAGUCAGCUAUGGCGAUCACGUACAGCAUUUCAAGGUGUUAAAGGAUAGAGAUGGCUUUUACUUUGUUUGGGAGGAAAUCUUCCCUUCCUUAAAUCAGCUGGUGGAGUUCUACAAGACCAACAGCAUUGCAAAGGAAAGGACUGUGUUUCUUAGGGAUACAGAACCCACACAAAAAAGGCCCCAUCAUGCACAUGCCCUGUUCGACUUCCAUCCACAGCACAGCUCCCAGCUGCACUUCCUGCGGGGUGAUGUCAUAGACCUGCUGGACUGCUCAGAUUCUCAACGCUGGAAAGGUCGUUGCCAUGGACUUGUGGGAUUUUUUCCUCCGGAAUAUGUGCAGCCCAUUUAUCACUGACUACAAAGUUUAAUACAUAACAACACUGGGUGUACAUAUCAGUCGACUGGAGGAACCUUUUUAUUGCUUUAAUAUGACUGACCGGAAAUGAGUGCGUUUAAAAUAGACUCUGUUAGCAAAGAGCCAGAAACUAAUUUAUCCAGGCACAGUUACUAAAAACACUGCUGACACUAAAAUGGCACUUUUCCGCUUUUUAGCUUCUUAACUUCUUAACUUUCUACUAUAAUGCACGGCUAUAAACAAAAUCACCACGUGUAUAUCAUAAAAACACACAUUACAAUGCAAACAGGGAAUUUUGUUAACACAUUCUUCACGAAAUGGCUGCAUUUGCUGUAUUUAUGUAUAUAUACCUAUGUUGUGUUUUAUUUUAGAUGAAGUAUUAUGAUGUAAAUGCCAUUUUGUUGACAAAAUAAAUAUAAAAGCGUAUCAA